GACCUGCGGAUGAAUGACAGGCGAGCUGUAGGAUGGACUGGAGCAGCUGACUGAUCACUCGAGCGCUCAGUCUGUGUGUUCAAUGGGUUAAUUCAUGCUCUGGGAGGAAUCUAUCUGCUUCUUUCUCAUAGCAACCUGCCAUUUCUUGUUUUGUGACCGUUUAUGUCCACCAGCAGCUCGUGGAGAACAAUGUCUGUAGGCUGCUGCUGCUUUGACAGCGAUGUUUAUUGAUUGUUUUAUGAGGCUCGUGUGUGUGUGUAUGUGUGUGUGUGGCAGCCGAACAUCUAUGAGCAGGAUUUUGCGAUGUGAAUCAAUGAGGUCGGGAAUUAUGAGCUGGAAUUCGCUUAAGAUCAUGGAAGUCCUGAAGAAUCCGGGGGCUCAUUAGAGCUGAUUGGAGUUGGUGGAAAAGUCCAACUGUUUUAUUGCUCUCGGCUGGAAGUCGGAAGGUUUUUUUUUUUUUUUUUUUGGAUAACAAUCGGGAUAAGAACCAUUGUCCACUGCUAUUCGCACCCGAUGGCUAAAAAUAAUAGUGUGUAUAUUCGCGAAUGAGAUCUGGAGAAUUUCCUCACAAUUCGGCGACACACUGUGAUCCAGAUCUCGGCAGCGGGGUAAUCUGGAUCCUGUAGCGGCGUCGGCUCGGAUCAUCUGAGGGAUCACUUUCAGAGAUCGCCCACCUUCAUCACUAAAGGGAGAAGAUGCCGUUCCACCAUGUGACGGCAGGAUUGCUGUACAAGGGGAACUUUUUGAGUCGCUCACUCUCUGAACACAGCAACAGCGAACAGCUCGCCAACAUCUCAGUCGAGGAACUAGACGAGAUCCGGGAGGCAUUCAGGGUCCUGGAUCGGGAUGGCAAUGGGUUCAUCUCCAAGCAGGAGCUUGGCAUGGCCAUGCGCUCACUAGGGUACAUGCCCAGUGAAGUGGAGCUGGCAAUCAUCAUGCAGAGAUUGGACAUGGAUGGUGAUGGACAGGUGGACUUUGAUGAGUUCAUGACGAUACUCGGACCGAAGCUCCUGUCCUCUGAAACACGGGAAGGUUUCCUUGGAAACACAAUCGACAGCAUAUUCUGGCAGUUUGACAUGCAGCGGAUUACGCUGGAGGAACUGAAACACAUCCUUUUUCAUGCCUUCCGGGACCACCUGACGAUGAAGGACAUAGAGAACAUCAUCAUCAAUGAGGAGGAGAGCUUGAACGAGAACUCGGGGAACUGUCAAACAGAGUUUGAAGGAGUUCAUCCCAAAAAGAAGAAUCGGCAGACGUGUGUGCGCAAGAGCCUGAUAUGCGCGUUCGCCAUGGCCUUCAUCAUCAGCGUCAUGCUCAUCGCGGCCAAUCAGAUGCUGCGCAACGGAAUGGAGUAGUGACAUCACUGUGAGCGCGGCGGAGCCUGCAUGUGCAUGUCGGUCGAUGAAGUUGUCAAAAAAUUACCAAGAAACUCGAGAGACAAAACCAAACACCUCACUACUGAAAAGAGGAGCUUUUUAUUCUUUUUUUUUUUUUGUAUUCUCCCGUUAGUUUUCCACGCGGACAGGCGAGCCAAGCCAGCAUGUUACACGGGGGCCUCAUCUCUCAGGCAGGGACUUUAAAGGGCUGACUUUCUGCUUUUCGUGCCACCUCUGUUCCCUAAUGCAAUAACACGCAGGAGUUCAUAAGCCGUCACUGUCUCCUCCGUGGCUUCAGAUAUUUCCACAGGGAUUCGCUGAUGAGCUUCUGUUGGGUUCGGGUCUCCUGUCGAUGUAGGAAGGCAAAAGUAAUUGGCAACUCAUUACACCUUGGUGGAGGGAGAGUUACAGCAUCUACUCCGGAGACUAUUUAUGUCUGCUCUUCUGGCUCGAGGGAUGGUGGGAGGCCAGGGGAGAAGCGCUCGUUGUAGUCCAUAUUUAAACCCAUAGUCGUCAGCUCCAAAAAUCCAUGAGCCUGAUUCAUAGUUUUAAUCAUUUCUGCGAUUCGAUUGUUCCUGUUUCUGGUUUUUCUGAAUUGGUUUGUAAUGAGCAUGCCUACACAAAAUAUUGAAACACAACAGAAAGUUGAGCAGAUUUCCACAGCAUUACCAUCAUUCAUAAGUUAUAUUUCUAUGUUUUUGUCCAACAGUUGUUUUGUUCAAACUGGCGACACACACUCAAGUAUUUCUUGAAUGCACUGUAGGUUACUAUGGAUAAAAUUAUCCGCCAUAUAGAGUGCUGUGCAGCCGUAACAUCAAAACCCACAAGAGUAAUACGCCAUGGGCUUCCUCAAGAUUUUCCUAUGGGUCUUUAUAAUCGAGUUUUAAAAUUUUGAGAGAAAAAAAGUGUUAUAAAUCGAAAUUGACGAUACUUGGACAUUUUACUCUACUCUACAACAUAAAUUACACACAAUCGUACUGAAAAGUGAAUUUUGAAGCUGUUAUGCUUAUUUGAAAAAAUUAAUGUUUGUAAAAAGUAACUACAUAGUAACCCUAUACAAGAAUGUUGUGUGCAGUUCAUGUUGUACAACAAAACGUUCAUGUGUCUUCCAAGUUACCUUAUUUUACUCAAUAAUUGAAAAUUUGAAAAUAAAAAUAAUAAAAAACGAUAUAUAUAAAUGUGUGUGGGUGUGUGUAAAGCUCAAGAAAACCAUGGCAAAUUUGUUUUCUGUGUUUUAAUGUUACGCAGCAACUUCAGCGCUCUAUACAUCAAUGCCUUUUGAAUUUUUAUUUUUGUUUGCAAUUACUUAAGCACUUUUUU